GCCGGGGCUCCCCUCACGGCGCAGCGGCGUUGGUGUCUCUUCUCGCGGCGGGGGAAGGUACCCUCGGAGACAGGGAUGGAGCCGGCCAGGCGGGUCACGGCGCUGCUGCCGCUGCUUCUGUGGGCCACGGCGGCGUUAGCGUUGUUGUUGUUAUCAGCUCCAGGCCUUGCCGCUGCUGAUGAAGAAGGAACUCAAGAGGAGCCCUUUGAAUCAAAGACAACCUUGCCUUCUGAGGAACAGGUGAAAGACCAUUCAACUGGAACCCAUGUGGUAGCAGGUCAGAUCUUCAUUGACUCUGAUGAACCCGAGUCUCACAUUGAAGAUGGAGAGAGUUUCAGAAGCCAAGAGGAGGAAAAGGAAAGAACUUUGGAGGAACUAAAUCCUCUAGAACUGUCAUCCCUAUUAAAUAAGGAUUUGGAAGAGGUAGAAACACAAAAAGCAGUUUUGACAGCCAUUGGAGGAACUGCAGAUGGUGAGCCAUGCUACUUCCCCUUUCUUUUUCUGGAGAAGGAAUACUCGGAAUGUACUGCAGAUGGAAGGGAGGACGGUAGACUCUGGUGUGCAACAACCUAUGACUACAAGUCUGAUCAAAAGUGGGGCUUCUGUGAAACUGAAGAAGAAUCUAAUAGGAGAAGACAAAUGCAAGAGGCAGAGGAUGUUUACCAGACUGGAAUGAAAAUCCUUAAUGAAAGCAGUAAAAAGGCCCAGAAGAAAGAAGCAUAUCAGUAUCUUAUGAGAGCAGCUGACAUGAAUCAUACAAAAGCAAUGGAAAAAGUGUCUUAUGCCAUGUUGUUUGGGGACUACUUGAAGCAAAACGUUCGGUCAGCUAAAGAACUCUUUGAGAAACUGACUGAAGAAGGGUCUCCUAAGGGGCAAACAGCCCUUGGAUUUCUCUAUGCCUCUGGCCUUGGUGUUAAUUCCAGCCAAGCAAAGGCACUAGUUUUUUACACUUUUGGUGCCCUUGGAGGAAAUUUGAUAGCGCAUAUGAUUCUGGGCUACCGGUACUGGGCUGGGAUAGGAGUCCUUCAAAGUUGUGAAUCUGCUCUCACACAUUACCGUCUAGUAGCCAAUCAUGUGGCUAGUGACAUCUCUCUAACAGGAGGCACAGUGGUGCAGAGAAUUCGUCUUCCAGAUGAAGUAGAAAAUCCAGGAAUGGCAAGUGGGAUGCUAGAGGAAGAUUUAAUACAAUAUUACCAAUUCCUAGCUGAAAAAGGAGACGUUCAAGCGCAGGUUGGACUUGGGCAGUUGCAUCUGCAUGGUGGAAGAGGUGUAGAACAAAAUCAUCAGCGAGCUUUUGAAUACUUCAAUCAAGCAGCUACUGCUGGUAACUCCCAUGCUAUGGCAUUUUUGGGAAAGAUGUAUUCAGAAGGAAGUGAUAUUGUACCUCAAAGCAAUGAGACGGCUCUUCAGUACUUCAAGAAAGCUGCUGAUAUGGGCAAUCCAGUAGGGCAGAGUGGCCUAGGGAUGGCUUAUCUGUACGGAAGAGGUGUUCCAGUGAAUUAUGAGCUAGCCUUGAAGUAUUUCCAGAAGGCAGCAGAACAGGGAUGGGUAGAUGGGCAGCUUCAGCUGGGCUCCAUGUAUUACAAUGGAAUUGGAGUCCAAAGAGACUAUAAGCAAGCCUAUAAGUAUUUUAACUUGGCUUCUCAAGGAGGGCAUAUUCUGGCCUUCUAUAACUUGGCACAAAUGCAUGCCACUGGCACUGGUGUCAUGCGCUCCUGUCAUACAGCUGUGGAGCUGUUUAAGAACGUAUGUGAGCGAGGCCGUUGGUCUGAGAAGCUUAUGACUGCCUACAAUAGCUAUAAAGAUGGUGAUACAAAUUCUGCUGUUGUUCAAUAUCUGCUGCUGGCGGAACAAGGCUAUGAGGUUGCACAAAGCAAUGCUGCCUUCAUUCUUGAUCAAAAAGAGGCCAGCAUAAUAGAAGAGAAUGAGACUUAUCCCAGAGCCUUACUGCACUGGAAUAGAGCAGCCUCCCAAGGUUACACUGUUGCUCGACUGAAACUUGGCGAUUACCAUUUCUAUGGCUUUGGAACUGAAGUUGAUUACGAAACAGCAUUUAUUCACUACCGACUGGCAACGGAGCAGCAGCACAGUGCCCAAGCUAUGUUCAACCUGGGCUAUAUGCAUGAGAAAGGACUUGGUAUCAAGCAGGAUAUUCACCUUGCAAAACGCUUCUAUGACAUGGCAGCUGAUGCCAGUCCAGAUGCUCAAGUUCCAGUCUUCCUUGCGCUCUGCAAACUAGGAAUCAUUUAUGCCUUCCAGUAUGUACAAGAAACCAAUAUCAAAGAAGUGUUCUCACACCUUGACAUGGACCAGCUCUUGGGACCUGAGUGGGACCUUUACCUCAUGACCAUCAUUGCUUUACUCUUGGGCACAGUCAUUGCUUACAGGCAGAGGCAGCACCAGGCAAUUCCCAGGCCGGCAGGGCCACGGCCAGCUGUGCCUCUCCAGGAUCCUCCCCCAGAGCAUCAGCCACCGCAAUAGCAGGAACCUCAGUGAAGUGAACUGGAUUUUCCAGCCAGGACUGUUUUGCGUGGUUUUAGGACACCCCAUGAAUGGGUCACAUCGGCAAGGGAGGUGUAAAAGAGUGUCGCGUUCUGAAAGUCGCUUAGGACUCUUACCUUUCUUUUUUCAGGGAUAUGUAUGUUUCCUCAAUGCGGAGUUGAAUGUUAUUUCAGUGCCAGUGGAAUAACGAAACAGCUUUUGUGAAACAUGCGUGUGUUACUUCAGAAGUGAUGCCUGCUGUACCAGAUUGUUCAGUGCCCUUUUUCAGUUGUGUCUCAGUAGUUCAGGUGAUGAUUGUGGUGGAGGUUGGCCUACACAGAAAGGAAACUUAUAGUCCAGUCUUUGUUCAAGAAAGUCAAGCCUCUGCUUUUCUUCUAAGUAAAAAAAAAAAAAUAUGCCAUGUGAGUAUGUUUGCAAUUGUGAUAAACUUGAUUUAUUUUUCUGGUUCUCCUCCCAAUUCUUUUGACACCAUCUUAAUCCCUUAAUAGUAUUUCCAACCCUUGAGUGUCUGUGGGUGCUUUCAUUUGGAUAUAUCAGUCCAUAAGCAGAUAAAAAGACUAUCAGUAAAUAUGAAUAUACUUAUUCGCGGUGAUCUGUACUUACCCCUCUCCACUUGGGCAAAUUCUUCCUAGCAGCAGUGGCUGAAGUAUGAUUGCACUUCUAAAAUGACAGAUAAUUUAACGAACAAGUCCUCUGCAGCAUGUGCAGAAUUCUGAUUUUUUAAAAAUUAUGUACACUGCAAGAGCCUUUCUGAGACGUGUAAGGAUUCCACCCCACCCAAGCUCACUCAGCCUCUUUUCUUUUCUUUUCUUUUCUUGUUCCACAAAUAUGCCAAGAUUAGCCGAACAGUGGGCUGGAGAAAAGGCCAGUGCUUUGUUAAGCUCGUCUUUAUGGCAGUCUUUCUUUUCUGUUGCUUUUCCAGUCCAUCAUAAUUCAGGUCUAAUGAGCCAGAUUUGUCUUAACCAGAUAUUGCAAAUUCUAUUCAAGCAUUCAGUUCUAAAUGCAUGAAGGGGCCCUGCAGGAAUGUAUGGCGCUAGCCCUGGCCCCAUAGCAACACAGGCAUUUGCAGCAUUCCACAGCACAUGUGUGGUCAUCUCUUCGAUGCACAUAGGAUUUCAUCCUCAGAGGCAGGAAUCCAAUCUUGUCCCUGUGUCGGAAAACCUAUGCACAUAGAAAGCAGCCCCCUUCAGAUUGAGCUGAAAAUGGCAAAACAAUGCUGGCAUACAUUGUGUGCAUUCCCAGAGGUUUCAAAUGCCCAAACAGGAUGAUUGCAGUAGGUGUAGGAGACACUGCAACUUUGGGUUAUUAAUGUAACCUCAAUCUACAUAUCUGAAAAUUGGUUAAUUCCCAUUUCUGUUGCAUUAGCUAUCAUGAGAUGCAAAGCACUCAAUUAGCAUAUACUAGUCAACUCUAAAUGAUGUAUCGGUUAAUAACACCCUCACCAUUUAUACCGGUUUGGCUCCAGCACACAUGAUUUUUAAGCUCCUUGGAGAGUAGAAAUACGAUGCAGGGGUGAGAGGACCCCCAGACUUUGAUAAGAGCUGUUGUAGUACGAAAACUAAUUCAACAUGUUUUUUCCUUUGGCCUCAAAUCAAACAACAUGUUCCAGGCUAUAAGAUGACUAUGGAUACUUGCUGUUUAACCCAUUGCUCUUUUAGUAAGUCACUAUAUGAAGCAAAGAUGCAAGGACAAUUUUCUGGCUGAACGGAUGCGCAGAAACAUGUUCCUUUUCAACUACUACAGUAGAAUAUACAUGUGUCUGUUUCUAGAGCAUCAUUAUAUCAGCUGUUGGUACCAUUGAAAGCAAUGUGGUAUUUAAAUGUUGUUUAGAGUCUGGACCGCAUACGUUGCAUGCUUCUCAAAAGCACCUUAUCUUGCCUUGUUCAAAUGCCAACAGCCUUUGUUAGUAAGCAAGUAGGCAAGCAUAGUUGGAGUAGCAAGGGUUUCCAUUAAAAGAGAGACACCGUAUGGCUCUAAAAUGUUAGGAUAUUAUUGAGCAAGAUUUUCUUCCAUUAACAUGUCUUGGAAUCUGUGAGAAGAGCUUGUAGAAGCAGAGGUGUUGUGUGGCUUAACAGUAUUAUGAGGUUGGACAACUUUGAAGGUGGUCCGAAUGCUUUUUUUCCCCCAAAAUGUGCAAAUCAGAUAGACAAGGUGCAAACGACAACUAAAACCUUGCCAUAAUUUGGGUCCUACAUACAGAGUACAGUUCAAAGGAACAACAGGGUUUGUGUGGGGGGUAUUCCUUUGGUGUUUCAGCAGCUCCAGUUGGAAGGCUCCAGUUGGAAGUGAUGGUCUCUCUGUUCGUGCAUUUGUUAAUUACUACAGGGUAAAAUCCAGAAAAGUGUGCUUGAUUUCAAAUGAGACUAAAUUGUGAUACAGUUGUUUCCUACGUUAAAAUCAAUACUUUCUUCGGAAUGAACAGCUUAGUAACUGCAUAAUUCUUCAAAAUAACCAAAAUAUUCCCCUCCGCUAUUUCAUUUUAUUGCUUCUGUGGAGCUUUUUAAAGAAUUGCUAAUUGUGCCACUUUAAAUUUGUUUUGAUUCACUUGAAUCCACUUGAAUUCCACUUAAUGUAGUGACUAUAGCCCCCAUAACCACAUCCAUACUAAAACUAAACCUUGAGAUAAGCAAAACACAUGAUCUCCCCUUUUGAAUUAUUUUCCUCCUUUAGAAAGUAGUAAGUGUGUUUCCCUUAUGGAUUUUGCCAUUGCUGAGAAGCUAUUUAAAUAGCAUCCAUUCAGAUUUGAUGUAGCUGACACCAGGUUACAUGGCAGAACCAUCAAGCAAACUCAGGGAUUUAAGAAAAGAUCAGUAGGUCUAGGUUAUCCACAUAUAGUAUCUUUGAAGAUCCUCUUGUUCUGAACUAACCUUUUAAUUUUCCUUUUAAAUUAAGACUAGCAUCUAUUAGUAUAAAAUUGCUUGCAUUCAGUUGGCGCUAGUAAAGCAGGCUUUGCCUUUUAAACUUUUUGUCAUGGGGUGUGAUUUUUUUAAAGAGCACCCUCUUGCUAUUUAGAGGGGCAGGUGGAUUUAAAUUAUCUAAGCUAAAUGGAAUUGCUUGACAUGGAUCCAAUUGUUGGAUUCAAGUUCUUUUAUCGAAGAUAGAUUAGAACAUAAAUGGACUUGGCUAAGGAUCUGCUGAGACUUGUGUCUUUUUAAUCCAUCUCUUUUCUGAAAAUUGUCACUGUACCAGAUGUUGUGAAUGUGAACAGCAGCAUGUUUCAGAGACUAUAAUUAUAUAUCGUUUGAAUUUUGCUUCCCUGGAUGUAAUUAGUGCUAUCCAUAUGUAUGAGAAAUUUCUCCUUUCACACGUUAAGUGACAGUGUUUGAGUGAAGGGUUUACUCGAGUCUUAAAUCACUAAACCAGGAAUAAACAGCAUAUUUGAAGUAGCAAUGGAUGUCCCACCACAAAUCUGUGUUGGGUUAGCUUAGCUCUGCCUUUCUCUCCAUGGUAGCUGUCACAGAUGCUUCUUAAUCUGCUUUUCCAUAAUGUGGCUGUAUGUGUGAAAAUACUUCACUCUGUGAUUGACAUCAUUGGGGAAAUAAAGUGGGGGAAGCUUGCCUUUAAGAGAAAAGGCUUCUAAUAUUUUCACUACUUACUGGGGGAUGAGAAAAACUGAAAGACAGUUGUUUCCCCACUAUGUUUUAACAAACCAAACAAUACAGAGCACCCAGUCCAUCAUCUCAAGGUAGCCAUCACUGUUGAGCCCAGUUUGGGUUUUCUUUGACACGAGGUAUUUUAAACAAGCCCUUGCUUAAACCAACAAAUAAGAAGUUAGCUGUGACUGAUCAUUACACAUGAGGCUGGGUGGUAUGUAUAAACCAAGGCAGUAGUGCUUGCACACAAAGCACUAGCACACCAGUGCCACGUACCCCUGGGCCACACAUCCCUGAUGCAACUGACUGGUUCCACUGAUUUAAGUUAAACUUAAGUUACAAUCCUAUGCACGCUUGCCUAAGAAUGCACCCUGUUGAACCGAAUGAACUUAAUUCCAAGUACGUAAAUAAGCUUAGGAUCAGGCUGAAAGUCCAACGUAGAAUGGAUUGGCGCCAACAGCUUGCACACUGUUAAUUUGCUGUUUCUAAAACCCACACACCCCAGUUAUAAGAACGGAAGCUUACUUUACCAAUUCUUUAAUAUUUUAAACAGCACGAAAAACAGGUUACUUUCCGCUUUUUUUCUUUUUCUUUUUUGAAGGGUUGGCAUGAUUUGAGAGCUGCAACUGAAUGCAUACAGUUGGAGAAGGCUAGUGAGAAGAGUCCUUUUGUCUCACGCUGGCCUAAAUCACAGAGUGAAUAAAGGGUUUUGUAAAUUUUCUUUUGUAUUUAAGAUGAUGCAGUAUAAAGGCUGGAAAAGUGUAAUAUAACUGUAAACACAUCCUGUUAAUAGAAAGAUGUACAGAUUCAUUUUGUACUAUAUCUUGUUGAAUAAAGAUGCCACUUUUGUGAUUGGCCUGUAA